UCUCAUUUUAAAUCCUGACAAGAUUACCAAUGUACUGGAUAAAUGCCAAAACAAUGAAGAUGGAAAAUACCUUAAAUAUAUCAUGCCAUUUUUGUCUGGACUUCUUUCUGAUAAUGUAGUUGAGCUCAUAAAGUGUUUGGUGCCAGUGGAACAGAUAGAAGCCACACGUGUCAAGUACUUUCAACAGAUUAUAGAUACUUUCCUUUACACCAAAGAACAGAAUCAAGAAGGCGAUUGUGAGCAGUUUGUGGAAGCUGACAACAUCUUAUUUGUGUGUCGAUGCCUUUAUGAGUAUCAGUUUCCCAAGGCAUGCCGACUCUUCCUGGAAAAGGUUCAGUAUGAGCUUGAUUUAGAAGACCAAACACUUGAUCCUUACCAGUGCUGUGUAAUAUCCUAUGUGGUCAAUCAAGCUGUGCAUCGGAAUAUUGAUCUGGAUCUCACAGAUUGUAGCAUUACUGACCCCGGCUUGAAACUACUUCUAAGCUCAUUGAAAAAUCUGAAAUUUCUCAGGUCAACAAGCACAUUGAAAUCUCAAAUGUGGAGAGUGGCUCUUGCAGCAGGGCAGUUUUCAGAUUUUGAUAGCUUGCUUAGCUUAUUCAGCUUUGAAAUGCAUCUCUCUGCACUUGAAACACUGGACCAGAAAGUGUUUCAAAGGAUAGGAGAAGUCCUUAAAAAUAAGAGAUCAGAGAUCAGUGUUCAUCUUUUUCUGCAUGUAAAUGAAGAAGUCAUAACCAGAUCUUUGCAGAAGGCAAUUUUUGAGAGCUUACCCAAUAUUGCAACCAUUAGGAUUUUCCCCCAUCUAUUUAAAGUAGCUAUAGAAACAGAGCUCUAUCUUCAAGGAGCUAUUUAUGAGAUGAAGACAGGUCAACGAUGUGUAAGGAGACUGCUGUCUGUUUGCAGCAAUAAUCAAAGAGAAAACUUUGAUGAUCAGUGUAAAUUCUUGCUGAAACUGCAUGAACAUGCCAAGAACAUGGAUGCUCUUCCAGUUUUGCAACCUGUUUUCUAUGCAUUGCCACGUACCUGGGUUGUACAGCCUUCAAACCCAUCAGUGUCACUACUUCUCCAAACCAUGGAAGUUCUAAAUUUAAGGAAGCCCGCUGAACUAGAUCAUGUCACAUAUGAGCUGAGUGAACUUAAAAUAAUUAUUCAAUGUAUGCCCUACAUUACAGAAAUGAGGUUCAGUGCUGCUCUCAGACAGCCCAAAGACAUCCCCAAAAUUGUUAAGAUUGUUGCUGAUCUUUUCAUUCUUGCAUCUGAAAGUGGAGGGGGAAAACUAAGAAGCCUUUCUACAGCAUGCAGUUACUCAACCUUUCCCUUCUCUGAAGACAGCAAAGACAUGCAGAGCUCUUUCCUUAUGGAUCUCUUCACCCAGUUGAAGGAAAGUUCAUCAUGGAAGACUGCACUACCAGCAUUGAAGCCCAUUCUUCAGGUUGCCCCUGCUGUAUGGACAUUGGACCUACAAAAACUAGAGAAGACUUUUGCUCUUACUGAACUACUGAAGCUUCAGGCCAUCAAAAAAUCUGUGGAGCUCAUAAGCUGGUCAUGUGAAAGAGAAAAACUUAGGAGUUUCCUAAAUUGUUUACCCUAUAUUUCACACCUUUGCUGUAAUGAGCAGUUUUUCCAGUCUGUGUGUGAAGUCCUUUCAGCAGACACAUUUCUUUGA